AUGGAUGUGCGGAAGAGGCCGCGUGGGGCUGGCGGGGCCCUCAGAGUCCCGAUUUUCUCGGUGAGGCCGAGGCCUGGCUCGACCCCAGCCAUGUUUCUUCUCCUUCCGCCGCUGCUGUUGAGCCACAUCAGAGCUCAAGCUUCCCGACCCCAUUCAGGCUUCCGGCUCAGCACUGCUGAAGGGCCAGCUCGGGAUUUGUGGGGGAGGCAUCAGAGGCGUCGCACAGUGGCCCUGGGGCAGGACUCCAGCACCCGGAGAGCCGGCUCCCGGGCCUGGGAGGCCUAG